CGCCUCUUUCUUUCUUUCUUUCUUUCAAAAUUAACAAUCGAUGAUGAAUAUGAUCCUGUGGCGGGAAUAACUAACUAGUCACAGAAAGGUUAAACCAUGACAGUACGAAAGGCUAAUUAAAAUAUAUAUAGGAAACAACAAAUUAAAGGAGAGCCAUGCUUACAUAGACUACUACUUAAUUAAUCCAGAAAAAUAAAAAUAUACGUUCGCGUGUCCAUAUAAUUGGCUACGAAACAAAUAUUAUCACAUUAAAGAUGGAUUGGACACACAAUUAGCCUUCUCUCGUUGCCCCCAAUGACAUGCAUAUGUUUUGUUUCAAACUUAAACUCGACCUAUGCCCGCCGCCCGCGCCGCAUAUCUUCAUCCCUAUAUAAUAAGCAUCUACAAACUAUCUGGUUAAUUAUCGUACAGCGAAACAAACAUAGACAGAAAGAUAUGGUUAUGGAGAGGAGACAUGGGCUUGGGCUACAUGCGAUUGAUCAUAUAGCAGCUACAAUUAUUGCGUUCAUUAUCCUGCAGAUUGUUGCAUCUUCAUGCACAGCUGAGCGGGCCGACCACCGUUGCGGCCAAUACCCAAACCAGACAUGGGCUACAUGCGACUCGGGACGCUGUUGCAGUAGGGCUCUUUACUGCGGCGACACUUACAAGCACUGCAACCUUGGUUUUUGUUGGUAUCAAUGCCGCGAGGUUCCUUCUCCUGAUUCUGAUCGUCAAAGUGAUCUUUAUGAUCAAGUAGCUGAAACCGGAGGAGGAGCACUCACACGUCUCGUCAACGCUACGUACAAUGAUAACCCCUAUCUGAAUUUGAAUGUUAGUGAUGGUGAUCACGAGCUCCUCAAAGUGCAAGCAGCCGACAAUGCUUCUUCUUCUUCUUCUUCUUCCUCGCCAUCGUCGUCGUCCUUGUUGUCAUGUGAAAGGUCUCUCUCCCGCCUGCCGCUGGCUUCUCGUUACAAGUAUCCUUUCGCUGCUCUGCGUGCCCCGCAGCUUCAAAACAAUAUUACUACUGCUACUCGUUGCGGUCGCUGCUUGAAGGUCACUAAUCUUGGAGUUAGAGGUCUUCCUAAUCAAGUGAAGGUUCGUAUUGCUCACGAGCAUAACAAGCAAGGACUUGAAUUGGAUUUCAAUACUUUCAAGAAGCUCGACAUAAAUGGUAGUACUGGAAUUGCUGAAGGCCGUCUUCUGGUGAAGUAUCAGUUUGACAGUUGUUGAAAACUACAUAUAUAUGUACGUGUAUGUUGUUCGCGAGUGACGUGCAACUACUCAUAAUAUACUUAUAAAAAGCUAAAAAUAAAUAAAAGUCAAUAAAAUAAAAAUACCUACGUUUAUCGUUACUUAUCUAGCUAGUUGUUAAUCUCAAGAAAUUGAUGCAUUUUGUAAGUGGAAAAAAAGGACUUAAACGGGAUAUGAAUUGGACUGAGACCAUCAUUACACCGAACUAUGAAUUUCGAUAACAAUAUAAUUUUGUUCAACAAAUUCACUUGUGCUUUUUUUUUUACAAUAAGCAACCUUUUAUUCCAUCCGAAACCGGGAAAACCGUGGUCACAUUAUAAGAGUGGAGCAAUAAUAUUGACAAUUAAAAUCCAAUACACUAGUAAAGAUCCCGCCCUAGCAUGUCAUGCCACCCAAUCCGCUAAUCGAUUCAAACGUCGAGGAACAAACUCAACACGAAUCGAUGGUGCAAGUCUGAGAAGGAGAACCAUCUGCGCAAUGGUAGCCCGACACAUCUAAGGCCAUGCCGAGGGUUCCUGAUGCAGCGCAAGGGAAAGCACCGGACAAUCUGUACGAAUACAGGUUGGGAUGUAAUCGUGAGAAGCAACCCUAAUAGCAUUGAGAAGACCAAAAGCUUCCGCCUGAAUCGGAUGAGAACAAAGGAAGGUCUCAGUCUUGCCGUCGUACACGUGACCCUGAGAGUUAGCAAUAGUAUUCCCAUAUGCCGUCGGACUCGAGUCUGAGAUGAACGACCCAUCAUUAAACAUCACUCAGGUACAGGGCGGUGGUUCAGUGUUGAAACGGGAACCCCUAGACUGAGAAGGUAACUGAGUUGUAUAAGAAUUGCAUGGUCACCUAAAGCAAACGUAAUGACGCCCUGUCAUGCACUCAUUAUAAGUGAAAAGAGGUUUCAAGCCUAAGAGAUGAAAGAGUUAUAUGAGAACUCCUUUUAAGGAGCAAUGUCAGGCCUGGCUACGAGUUUAUGAGAUAUGGCACUCUGUGUCCCACGAGUUUACGAGUUCAUGAGAUAUGGCACUCUGUACCCACCAGUUCACGGGUAUAUGAGAUCUGGCACUUUGUGCCUACGAGAUUACGAGUUCACGAGAUCCCGGGGAGUGCAUGACUUGGCAAAUUAAAGAACAAAAGCUAUUGAAUCUAGCUAACUAUAUGUAUGUGUAUGAUUGGAUGCUGAUUCAUUGUUGAUAUUGGAUACAACAUGAGUAUGUGAAUGCCAAGCUUGAUAUAUGUCAUCUUUGUGUGAUAUAUGAUUGAGAUGACAAUAUUAGUAUUUGCCAUAUUUGAGGUAUAGAAUGUGACCCUUACGUGUGGUAUGUGAAGGUUGAUGUGUUUAUAUGUCAUAUCAAGUGAUAUGAGGUACAUGUUAUGAUGAUCUCCUAUGAUGAGUAGUACAACUAUUGAUCAAGAAACUGUGACUUAAGUAGUAAUGAUAUACUAAUUUCAUUAUGGUAGUGCCAUGAGAUAUCGACGUGUAUAAUGUUAUGAGUCUACAAUACAUCCCUUGAUGUUGUACGCGUUGAUAGAAGUGUAAAAUAUGAAGGAAAAUUUCGUAUGGGAUAUAAGAAUAAAUACAAACCAUAUGCAACACCAGGUAGGGUAAAGUAAAGGAGAAACCUUAAACGAAGGAUAUAUGACAUAUAUGAAUGACCCAUAACGUAUAUGUGAUAGGUCGAGUGAACGAGGGAAGAAAUUUUGUAUGAAUCUACAUAGGUGAGACCUAAGUAAAGUUAUUAAGUUAUUAGAUAUACAUUGAGUAUAAUGGACGAAAGAUACUCUGAGUCACAACAUAUCCUUAUAUCAUUUUCGUAUUAAUAUUUAUAUUAGGUUAUUAUUUACUCAUUGAGUGACGUCUCACCCCGUCAAUAUUUUUCCCAGAUGAAUAGCUAGAAUGGGUGAAGGCCAUGGGGCGAAGAAAGUUAGAGUUUGACA